GACGAUAUUUUUCACAAUAUGGCAGCUAUGUACACUAGAUGAACGGGUGAAAGCUUGCACUGUCAUUACAAACUUUUUAUUUACGUGUGAAACUUGAAAUUGGAAGCUCGGCUUUAGUAAAGGAUAAUUUCAGUGCCUAAAAGUGAGGUGUCUUGUGUUAAAUGAAGUGACGCGGACGUUUUUCAACGGAGUGUGAAGUGUACCUACUAUUUAUGAUAACCUGCAGCAGUGCACACAAAUUCUAAAUUUAAUUAUAAAACCUGCAUAAAUCCGUUUGCGUUGAUAUUUACCUAUAAAAGUUAUGUCAAAUGAUCUUUCGGCCGUUUUGACUGUCAGUUGCAAUGUUGGACAUUCACCUGACAAGGUGUUCAAAGGUUUCCAGUGAACUUAUAAAAUAUUAAAAAUUAUGUGUGAUUUUAAUAAGACUUCAAGAGUGGCCCACCUAAGUCGUACAGAAACAUGUACGAUAUUGGUUAAUAUCACAUAGGACCUCAUUCUGUUAUGAUGCACUCGAGCAACAAAAAUGAGCCCCGUAACGCUAAAAUUUCGUGUAUAUACGACACCCCGUGCGACCCUAGGGCUACCGAUUAUGAAAAGUUGUACUGCCCCAAUAACGAACUGUCGGAGCCCCCCAGGACCCGCUGUGAUAGACUCAAAACUGGAUCUUCCUGCGAGGCUUUGAAGCAUGCGGUGGCAUCCCUUCAUCGGCUCGAUGACUUCCACAAGGAAAAAAUCGGCUCGGGGUUUUUCUCGGAGGUUUUCAAGGUGACCCACCGCGUAACCGGGCAAGUGAUGGUGUUGAAGAUGAACUUGCUGCGUUCGAAUCGCCGUAACAUGUUGAAGGAGGUCCAACUGAUGAAUAAAUUAUCCCAUCCGAAUAUCCUAAAUUUGAUGGGUGUAUGCGUGCACGAAGGUCAAUUACAUGCCCUCACCGAAUACAUCAAUGGUGGUUCAUUAGAGCAACUCAUACAAAAUAGAAACAUCGAUUUACCGCAACCAACAAGGGUAUCGCUAGCCAGGGAUAUAUCAUACGGCAUGAGCUAUCUUCAUUCCAAGGACGUAUUUCACAGGGACUUAACAAGUAAAAAUGUCCUUAUAAAGCGCUUGGAAUCAGGCGAGUUGCAGGCCGUGGUCGGCGACUUCGGCUUGGCAGCGUCGAUCCCUGAUGGCAAAACGAAGCUGUGUACCGUCGGAUCCCCUUAUUGGAUGUCUCCCGAGUGCCUGAAGGGUCAAUAUUACGACCAACAAAGUGAUGUAUUUAGUUACGGAAUAGUGUUAUGCGAAUUGAUAGCACGCGUCGAAGCUGAUCCCGAUCAGUUGCCCAGAACUGACAAUUUCGGUCUCGAUUAUUUAGCGUUUACCGAAAUGUGUGGGCAGAACGUUGUACCUGAAUUUUUAAAUUUGGCAUUUCGAUGCUGCACUAUCGAUCCAAAAAGUCGGCCGACAUUCAACGCAAUCAUCCAAAUAUUAACCGAAAUCUUGGGCGAUCUACAGCAUACAUCUGAUCGAGAGCAAGCCAAGUUGGCGAGUUGUGCCGCCAAAAGCGAGGAACAACUUCCUGUACUUUUAGUACAAUCAUCGGCACCACAACAUAGGAAAAUUGUUCAUCGGCGAUCGUUGUCCGAAGAUGUGUCCAUGUUGUCGCUAACGAUGCAUGCGACACCUAGCGAGAAAGCUCGUCGCCACGCUUUGACGAUGUGUCGCCAAGACCCACACUACAAACCUCGUACGAGCAAUCCAUUUGCGGCUUUGGCUCAAUUCCGCGGUGUUAAAAAGUUCCUCGGCAACUUUUCGUCUUGUUGCGAGUUGCCAUCGCCUUUCAUCGAGUCCACCGAAUCACCAAAGUCGCUCCCAGGUUCGCCAACGGCUUCACGUAAAGCAACGACAUCGCGAUCGCCUCUUUUCGUACAUCCGUUCUUCAAAGGCGGUUCCAGUACAAAUUUACUGGAGUUGGGAAACGCCGAAGGCACGAGCACGACUUUGAGGAGACGCGGCUCGUGCGAAUCGGGGUUUUACUCCAGUGUGGGCGAAUGUCUCUCUCCGAGUAGUUUAUGGGAUAGCGGAACUGCGGUCAGUUCUUUGAGGUCUCUCGACGAGUUAGAACCGGCCGAGUUGCAGGCGUUAUGCAAGAGGGCGUCGUCGAUUUGUACAGAUAGCAGCGAGGAUAUUUCGAGUUUGACUGGCUCCGAAUGGACGCAGGAUUUGAAGCCAAAAAAUAUCUCGUAUAUGGUCGACUACUUCGAGAGAAAGGGUACGAAUUUGAGGCAUCCUGGAGGGGUUAGAGGGGGGUUGCAGCUUAGUUCCAGGAUAGCAGCUUUACGAAAAUCGUUGGAAAAGCAAGGGGCUUCUGGUGCUGUUAAUUCUAAUUCGCAUGUGACGCCGCAGAGGCAUAAGUAUAACCGGAUUGUUGUCUGUGAAGGUGCAGUUAGGUCAAAGUUGCCCCUUUUUGAUAAAAAGUAGGCCAGUCUUCCUUCGUUUUUUUCUUCUCUAGUCAGAUUGUAAUUGAAAAUUGUUACAUGAUUUGAGGCCUAAGUGAAAUAUUAUAUGAUAUUUGAAAAGAAGUCUAUUUUUCACUUUGUAUAUAAUUUAGGACUAUGAUGAACGUUGUUCUCAGAUUAUUGCGAGCGUCCUUGUUGGUUCACAGUUGUAGAUAAUGUGUUUUUGUGUCCAUAUUUGAUGGGCUGUUUAUGUUGCAUGUGACCUUAAAAUUAUUUUGUUUCCAGUUUUGAAUAAAGGUUCCAUGGCAAAUCAGAUAAACGGCCUAUAUUAGGUCAGUUUAUUAAAGUUGUGUGAGAAUUAAGCUUAAUUUUUGCAUUUAUGUUAUUUUGGACAUUUUUUAGAAAGUAAAAUUGUGUUUUAAAUAAAUUCCACUUCUGUUACUAUUUGAAUUAACUAUUUUCAAAAUCGGCUAAAUAUUUGAUUAGUGUGAAAAAGUGAUUAGCAUAUAAGACUGAAAAAAUUACGUCACUUACUAAUUUUGUGUACUAAAUAUUUGUUUUGUUUAGCUGGUUUUGAUUUAGUUAACACUUGUGUGAACCAAAUGCCAAAUGUAUAACCGACAUAUCCAAGUUUUGGUUGCAAUAAUAUAAAAAUGUGAUGACCGUCCAUCAGAAAAGUAUUUGAAGAUUAUACCAAUUAUGUUACUCUUUGUAUUUAUGAAAUAUUUAGUGAGCAAGUAUUACUCUUUUUAACGGUCUGUUUGUAUAUCUUCCAUAUUGUCUUGUCAAUAAUACAUAUAUAAUUGUUUAGUAAAAUAAAAUAAAUUUUUCAUAUAUA